AUGAAAGUAUCUCUUGGCCUCAGCCUUCUCCUGGCUAUCCUAGACACAGGAACCACUCUUCAGUGUGAGAUUUGUCACAGCAUAGGAAAAACCUGCUCUGGCCCCCUGAAAACCUGUACUGGUGGUGAAAAUACCUGUGGCACCAUCGUGCAUGAGACCACGAUAGGGGGGAUGGUAAUCUAUUCAUCCAUCAAGGCCUGCCUAAUGUCCAGUGCGUGCCAUCUGGAUGCUGUCACCAUGAACUAUGGGAAAGUAAAAGGAAGAACUGGCUUGGCCUGCUGUGUGGGUGAUGCCUGUCAAACAACGUCGGUCUCAGUGCCAUCAGUGGACAACGUGCCCAAUGGAUUACAGUGUCCUGCCUGUUACAGCGUAGACUCCUUCCAGUGUGGUAAUGAAACUGUAAAUUGCACUGGAUCUGAAACCCAAUGCAUUGACAUUGCUGGACUGUUAAAUUCUGGUGGACUAUCUAUGAAAGUUGCCAUGAAAGGCUGCACCACCAUUUCUGAAUGCAGUGAUGCAGGAGAAGGGAAAAAACAACUGGGAAUGAUAGACAUGAAAAUAAAGCAUUUCAAAUGCAAACCAGCCUCUCUUCCGCCCAUGGUGCAUUCUGGACUCUCCUCUCCAAAAACUCUCUUUCUCCCUGUCCUGUCAGCAUUAAUCUUGGUGAAGGUGCUUUUCUGAUGCUCUCCAGGACUGGGUAAGAAAAGCGCUUGUAAAAGUCCGGUGGUGGUUUGCACAGAUUCCUGUUUGCUCUGGCUUCUUCUGUGUGGGAGUCUGUUUUCAGACCAGCUCUU